UGUACAGUCGGUUGAGUUGGGUGAGAUAGUGCCGCUUUUAGAUACCCAAAAAUCUAAUUAAGUUUAAUUUCUAUUACUAUUUACAUCCAUAAUUAUUAAUAAGUGUCUUAGUAAAAGACGACUUCCGUAAGAUUUAGGCGGUUUUAGUUUCACACGAGAGCGGAAGGAUAUUUGUGCCGUUGUAACGUGAGAUCUCAUAGCUUAUGUUCUGGACUCAAGCAUGGAGGUUGCUGAAGACGUAGACAGCAGACCACCACUGGCAGCUUUGUCUUUAUCCCAGCAAAACAAUGAGACUGAUGUGGAUUUCUCCAAACUCACUACUUCACAGUUUGGCAUAUCAACAAAUAGUUUCUUACCUUCCCCAAAGAUUAAGGAUAAAUCCAGAGUGGCUCAGCUGAAGGCAAGGAGGAGAUCUUCAGUUGGAGUCCGGGGAUCUCCCGAAACAAACUCUCUCAUCUGCUUCAGAGCCAAACAAGUAGCAAAAACACCACCUCGAACCCCUCAGCUUUUGCAGGAAAGUCCUUUUGUUUCACGCUGUGACUCUCUAAAGAAGAAGAUGGCUGCUUUCCAGAGCCUGAUGGAGGAAGAUGACGAGGAAGAAGCAAUGAAUGAAGAGAGAAAAAAAGAGGAGAGUGUAAAAAACAAUCCGGCACAAGAUUCUCAAAAUGGUAAAGAAAACAAGCUGACAAUUCAAAGCCCCUCCCCUUCUGUGACUCCUCCUCCUUCUAAAAAACGCUGCAGGGCCCCACCAAGGGAAUGUGAGGACAAGAUUACAGAGACGCCACUCCCCUGUCCCACUCUCACAACACAACAAGAGCAAGGGAUGAAAUGCUCUGAGCCUGAGAGCCAAACGUCUGUACCAGCAUUGAGUUCAGAUUCAAAGAAUGGGCUUCUUUCCUUACCCAUGCUUUCGAAACCAGAAACUAAGCCAACAGAUGUCGAGAUCUCAUCUGUACGUAAGAAGAAGCGGGUCCGUUUUGGUGCACCGCUCUCCCCAGAGUUCUUCGACAAAACCCUACCACCCAGUACCCCGCUGCAAAAGGGGGGAACUCCAAUGUGUCCUCCAUCAUCUACAGCAAAAAAACUCUCUCUUCUGAAGACCCCUCAAAGAUUCGAGCCCCCACUUCCCCAACCUGACUUCAACAGUCCUGAAAGAAUUGGAGCUUCACCUGUUCUGGUUAUCGACAGACGAAAUACUGGACUUGUGUUCAGUGAUGAUGUAUUUGAAGAUUUUGAAAAGAUAUGUUUUCCUAGUAUGGAUGAAGAGUCUCCAUCAAACAGACCAUCGGAGAAUUGCGAAGAUAUACUUUCGGCUGAAGACCCAGGGCAGCCCCAGGCUGAAGGCAUUGAAGUAAUGAAUGCUGCUUUUCAAGUGGGUGAGGAUGAACCGUCAGAUUUACAGAUGGAGGAAAACCUGCCGUCAGCCACUAGUGAUCAGCCGUCGGCCCUCUCCAAAGCAGAGCUCGAUAUGGAGUCUGCUGGCAACUCUGAGCAGCAGCUUUCAUUCAACGCCAGCACUAAACCCACUCGCUCUCGCAGCAGGAAAAGAAAGCAACCAGGAGAAAAUGAAAGCGAGACGAGAAGAAGCUCUCGUACAGCGGCGGCGUCUGCUUCGGGAAAGAUGAAGAAGACCUCGGGGGCUAAAAAGCGAUUUGGCAAUAAGGAGGUGGAUCGUUCUCUAUAUGGCAAACGAGACUUUGCCUCCAAGAACCCUCUGCUCAGUCCUAUAUUUGAGACGAUGUCUAUUAGUUUCAGUGGCACACCAACGCAAACACCGUCUGGGAAAGCAACAGGUGGAGAGGGAGAUGGCAUUCAGACACCUGUCGUUCCUCAUAGUCUGCCCGUUCGCUCAAUGGUAAGUCUGUUAAGUGGUACUGUUUUGUCUGAAGCCACAUUGACCAAUGGAGACGAACAGACUUCAAGAGAUAUGGGCAUGACUUCCUCAGUUGACACAGAGACACACGCAGAAAAUAAAGGCCCUGGGGCCAUGGCCCUCAGAGCCAAACGUGACUCCGUAAAACCUGCCCGCCAACGCCGUAGCUCCGGCACAACCAAGAGACGGAAGCUUAGCCGCCCAGCUAUUGUCUCAACUGGUGUAUUGGAAGGUAAAAGUGAGGAACAAGAUACUGAUAACCAACACGAUGCUACAAGUUUAAACCAAAACUAUCCUGAUGGUCCAGAGCACAAGGAGCCUGAGGCUUCAGUAAGCUGUAAAACUCCAACCGUGGUGCUAAAUGGAGAUUGCGUGACCAACGAGAAGUCCGCACAGAAGACACCAAGCUUUAAAAGACGUGGACGGGUCCAAACAGUCCUGAAAUCUUGUGUUGACAUUAAUGUUGUGGUAGAAACUGAUGAGAGGAUUGAGUUUUCAGACUGUGAAGCUGUACCUGCAGAACCCAUUUUGGCCCCCUGGCAACAGGAUGACUUUAACAUCGAUGACAUCCUGAAGCCUGUGGCGAAGAGUCGGGGUUCGGUACGACGCAGCCUGAGGAACCGGAGGAGCGUGGACCUCCAAGCUGUGGGCCUGGCGUGGGUGGACCACACCUCCCCAGAAUUAGGUAAGGUGGGUAGAAGGCGGCGUAGCAGACUCAGCGGAGUAUCAGAGCCAUCUGUGACUCUGGUCUCUGAAGAACCAACACCAAACCUGGAGGAAUAAUUAACAUCAAAGUUAUUGUGUCCGUUUGUUAAAUGAACUUUCUGCUAAAAUGUUACUCUGUAUUGUUUUCAUUUGUGGGAUUAUUUUAAUCAGUAUGGAUGGACUAAUUUGACCUCUUAUUAAGAAGAUUGCGUAACUUCUAGAAUGCUCAUUAAAUCUUCACAGUUGUGAUGUGUGGAUGUUUUGAGAUGAUUUUACUGUGAUAAUCUCAUGUUAUUUCACAUAAAUGACAAUGCUGGUUUAAUGAACAAUGAAUUUCUUUUGCUGUAUAUUUAUCUGCUUUAUAUUUUUAAAGUGUAAUACAAUGUUGACAUCUAC